AUGCCGAUGCUGCCUACCCCUAUUGAUAUGAAGUUUAUCGAGGAAGAGGAUCCCUAUGAAGUUGAGGAUCCACUGGAGGAGGAUCCGCACGACGAGCAGGAAAGAGUAGAUCCAGGUGAUAGCUCGCCAUAUCCCGACUCGUCAUCCCAUGGUGAUGGACAUCACGAGACUCAGGAGGUGGACACUCUUGAGUCAGAGCCAUCAUCAGAGUCUCCAGCCUCAGACCAGCCUUCCAGCGGAGGACGAGAAGACGAAUGGUGUGUGUCUGACACUGCAAUAGUCAAUGACUCGAUGCCUCAAUCGAUGGAGAUGGGAGACACAGAGUUGUGA